CCAGUGUAUAAGAGAACUGUCAGACGACGUUUGUCAGCCUUCUCAAGAUGCUACGAGACUUUCUGCUGCUGUCCGCCGUCGCCGUUUGCGUGCUAGGCAUGAGGCUGCCCCUGCAUCGCGUGGUACACACUGGACCCACGAGGGGCCUGGGUGUGGCUGCCGGUCGUAUCUAUGGAGGUCAGGAAGCUGCCAGCGGGCAGUUUCCGUACCAGGUGUCGCUGCAGGUCUCUGCCUUGGGCACCAGGCACCACAGCUGCGGCGGAGCCCUCAUCUCCAUCUCUGCCGUCCUCACCGCCGCCCACUGUGCUCAGAACUCCACAUACUACAUAAGUAUACGACUCUAUAAUGCGGUGGCCGGAGAACUGAACCUCAGCACUGACGAGGGCACCGAACAGACGUCACUGGUGGAAGAGCAGAUCGUGCACCCUGACUAUCCAGGGAGAGUAAAGACAGAUAACGUACUUUUUGUCAACGACAUCGCCAUCUUCAAGCUGGGCACCGCAUUAUCUCUGAACUCCUGCGUGCAGACCGUUCAGCUGCCCAGUGCGGGAUCCAUCCCUCAGUCGGGCUCAGUCGCGAUCAUAUCCGGCUGGGGCAGCACGCCUACUGAGCCUACGUCGGACGCCCUGCUGUGGCUGGAGCUCCCCAUCAUAGACCUGGAGACCUGCCGACGGGCGUUGGGAGCCAUCGGGGAGGACGAGCUGGUGGACACCAUGGUGUGCACAGCCCCAGGCACCAACGGCGGCGGCGUCUGCAAUGGCGACUCCGGCGGUCCUCUGGUGCUGAACGGAGAAGUCAUCGGCCUCUCGUCGUGGACUAUCUCUCCGUGCGGUUCAGACGGUCCAUCUGGUUUCACUAGGGUUUCUGCUUACAUUGAUUUCAUCAGCCAGUACCUGUAA